CAUUGUAAUGUAUAAAAGUUGUCAAAUUACUAAAAUUCCUUUCAACAUACAUCUCCUAGUUUCAAUUCUGCUCUAUUUCGGCAGAUUCUCCAUUCGCAUGAGACAAGUCUUAUAUUCCUGAUUCGUAUCUUUCCACGAAGGGUUUGCUAUGCCAUUUUUGAAAGAUCGAAGUAAAGUGAAACAAUCAAGGUCGGAAAGACUGGAUUUGGAAACUAGCAGGCAAGGUCUUCGUCAUAAGAUUUUUAAUACGCUGGGGGACAUGUACGUUGGAGAAUGGGACUACAACAAGAAACAAGGAAAGGGAGCCCUUCUCGCCAGAUUCGGCAAAUUGUACGAGGGUGAUUUCUACAAAGGACGCAGGGAGGGAUUCGGCGUUCUAUCGUCCUUCGUGCCUGCUACAAACACCUUCACCCUGGAAUACAGAGGUGAUUGGAAGGGGGGCCACAUGCACGGAAAAGGGUUGCGGAUUUUCCCAGAUGGCAGUUUCUACCUGGGAAAUUUCAAAUGGGACAAACGUAGCGGAUACGGACAAUUGUGGAACAAGGAUUGCUCGUUCUAUGAUGGUGAUUGGUUGCUUGACAAAUACCACGGCGAGGGAAUGUUUAUAUUUCAGAAUGGCAAUCGAUAUGAGGGCGAGUGGGAGAACGGACUGAAACAUGGAAAAGGGAGAUAUUUUCACUUGGACAGUGGACAGUUGCAGGAAGGCGUUUGGUUUGAAGACAUGUGCGUUUUCAGCACUAUUGUCGAUAUACCGUACAGGCAGUGCAGUAUAUCACCUUCUAAGUAUCCAGUCAGCCAGAUCCAACUGCAAGAUCCGGAUAAUAUAUGCCAACAACAAGAAUUAUUAGCUCUGGAAGGAAUUGGCAAUGUUUGUGAUUACGUGGCAGAAGAAUCAUUCCUAAAGAUAAAAAGUAGUGAGAAAUUAUUAAUAUGAAUAUGUCCAUAAUUUAUUGUAUCUCAUUUAUACAUCGUAUAUUCAUUUAUAAAAAAAUCAUGAUAAAUCACA